AUGGAUAGGGUUGGGAGGAGGAGGAGGGAGAAGGUGCGAAUCGAGACGAGGAGAUACUCGCCCUCCUACAAUGGAAUGCCGUUUGUAAGCAGUGCCCCGUCUACACCUCCAUAUUACGUCCAGACGGGUUCUUUUAGAUCCCAGUAUAUCACCCACGUGUCUGAACCACCCAACGGUUACUCGUUUCUCAGCUUCCAAUCAGCGGAGGAAUCGUCUGUUGUCGACAACUUCAGUCCAAGGUAUCAAUUUCCAUUGAGAGAGGUAUCAAGUUAUGAAGACUCUUUCCUUGUGCUGGCUGAGGUAAUGAGUGCGUUAACGGAGCCAAGCGGCAAACCUGUAGAUAUUCUCGACGAGGCCAGGCACUUCGAGGGCGAGCUCUUGCCAGCGUCUCGCUCUGCCUCCUUGGACGUGUCUGCCUCUCCCAAUCUGUCCCUCUCUUCCAGACUGAGGAUGCGGGGGGCUAGCGGGGCAAGCGCGAAGGCUCUGGGAUCUACAUUAGGGAUCUGUUUAGAAGUUGGUGGGUCUUGCCCCCGUCGGAUUCAGUCCCUGGUCCCUGGCGGUCCCGCACAGACAAGUGGGCUGUUGCAAGCUGGGGAUGAAAUAGUCUCAGUCGACGGAAUCGAGGUUUCAGAUACCAGCGUGAUGGAAGUGUUGAGAAAACCAUCUCCCAUCGCCUCCAAGUGUCGGAUAUGCGGUACUCUCUGUCGCUCCCCGGCGGCCUCGACUGAGCAUGCGCAAGUUAACCGGAGAGGCAAGAAGCUCGACGUCACUCUCCACAGAGCGCACUUUGGGAUGGUGAGGGGAGUCAGGAAGCUCUUGGAGAUGGUCGACAUGCUCGAGACGAACUUGAGACUGCACGGAGCGCACAAGAUCGUCGGAUCCUCGCUGGCUGCGAUCAGAAGUCAGAUACUGGAGAUGGAGAAACAGCGGUCCUCUCGUGACGUGUCGAUCAUGCAGACAUUCAAAGCGAAACGAGUGAGGGAGAUGUUCAUUGCGGAAGGGAUUCAGAUGCUGCAGCAGUGGAUGCUGUCGGAGAAACUUACAAGAGAAGAGAGAUGUCACGCAGUAUGUCUAAGAGUGCAUCUCAACAUCUCGAGGAUUCAGAGGUGUUGGCCCUUGAAGAGCUUGUUGAUGGUGGAGGAGGAGAACUCCUGUUUGAAGUCGGACCUGAUUAAGGCAAGAUUGUACAUCGAAGAGUUGGAGGCGAACGAUCGCAUGAAGUUAACCGGAGAGGCAAGAAGCUUGCGGGAUGGUAAGGAGAGGAUGGACGGGGCGGGACGGAAGGAUCUCGAACGCUCGCUGGAGGAGACGAAGAAAGAGAUAGAGGCGACACUGAUGGAGAUGGCGAGGAAGGAGGAACUGAAAAAGCUUGAGAUAAAUAUUGCGAAGGAGGCUGAUGAGGAGAAGACCAAGCUAACGCGAGAAGAGAUGCGGCGGAUGGAAGAGAAGCUAGGAGCUGCGGAGAGGUCGGAAGCAGACAUGAGGGAGAAGGCGAAGGCAGCGGAGGAGAAGGCAGGGAGGAGUCAAGCAGAAGCAGAGGUAGAGGAGGGAGAGCGAGAAGGAGGAGAGGGGCUGAGAGAGGCGGGCGGGCAGGAGGCGAGGAAGGACGCGGAGAGGGUACGGGAAGAGCUGCGGAGAGCAGAGGAGGAUAAGGAGAAGCUGAGGAGGGAGGUAUUGGCGCAAAAUUCGACGAUCUGUUCGCUCGAGGAGGAGAAGAGAAAUGGGAAAGUGGCGGAGGAGAAUCUUGUAACUCGUUGUGAAGUGCUUGCGUCGAGUAACGAGGAGAAGAGUCAUCAUCUGAACAACAUUCAAAGUAGCUGCAAGCUCAUCUUGCAAGAUUUCACCAGCGCCAUGGGAGAAAUCUGCAAGAAGAGAUUGAUGGUCUUCUCAAGAUGA